GUUACUGAUACACUGUAAUUAUUUUCUUUCUCUGAUUUUGUAAUAAAGUUAAAGCGGCAAGUUUAACUUAAUGAUGAAAAACAAUAGUUUAGUAACCACACACACACACAUUAGCUAUUACGAAAGUUGUUUUUACUUCCUUGUGUGGUCGUGUGCCAUCAUUUAUUCUGUAUAUCAAUUUUAUUUGGCAAAUAAUUAUUUCGAUGACUAUUACGAUGCAUAUGGUGAUUUUGAUUCAGGAUGGAUUUGGGUUGGAAAGAAACGAGACAUCUCCGAUCAAGAGUGGCUUGUAUGGCUCACAUUAGUGAAUAGAUUGAUACCUUAUAUUUUCAUCCAUCAUUUUAUCAGUCAAAUUAUUAAAGUCCAUAGUAACAAUAUGAUAUUAUGCUAUUGGUAUAUCGUAUCGUCUAUAAUUUUUCUCUAUCACUGUUUGGGUACAUUGAGCAUGUUAUGUGCAAUACUGCAACCUAGUUUUUUACAUAUAUUAACACAUAUAUGUAGUAAGAAUACAGCAUGGACUAUACAUAUUUUGUAUCUAUUUGUAAUACACAUAUUAAAAACACCAAAUGGGACUUUUCAAAGUUGGCUAGGAAUCACUGAUGAGAAGCAUUAUAUUUUAACACUACUAAUGUGUUGGAUACAUUUAAGAAGUAUCAGUCACAAUAUGGAUAGCAUUGAUGACCAAUUCUCCAAUUCAAAUAAUUUUAUUCAGAAAUUAGCAUAUUGCUUGUACUUACCUACAUUAUUUUUAGGACCACUUAUUUUGUAUCAUGAAUUUGUGGAAUCUAUUAAUCAACCACAUGAAUAUUGGAAUUAUCAAAGGCUUCUAACUUUUAUAUUAAAUUUAGUUAGAUACAUGUUCUGGUUAUAUGUGACCGAAUUGUUGCUACAUUUUAUUUAUAUAAAUGCUAUACAAUAUCACUCACAGGUUGUGCAGAAUUUAAAUUCGUGGGCAUUGUAUGGUUUAGGAUAUUGCAUGGGACAAUUUUUUUUUAAUAAAUAUGUUGUAAUCUAUGGAACAUGCAGUAGUUUAUGUUAUUUAGAUAACAUAAAAGCACCAUCGCAACCUAAAUGCAUAGCUAGGAUUCAUUUAUAUUCCGACAUGUGGAAACAUUUUGAUAGAGGAUUAUACAAAUUUCUUAUAAGAUAUAUUUAUGUUCCAAUACAAAAAUCACAAAAAUAUAGAUAUUUUGGAAAACUGUUUGCAUCAUUUACAUGUUUUACAUUUGUCUUUAUAUGGCAUGGAAUACAAAUGAACAUCUUUAUUUGGACAUUGCUCAAUUUUAUAGGGAUAAUAAUUGAAAAUAUAGGAGUAUCAAUUGGCAAAAGUAAACAAUAUCAUAAAAUACUAAAUAUGUAUUUAUCUUCAAGAAAUACUAAAAGACUUCAUUGCAUGCUAGCAAGCCCUCUUUUAGCAAUAUCAGCCAUAUCUAAUUUUUAUUUUCUUGGUGGACGAGAAAUUGGAAAUAUUUUUAUACAAAAUAUAUUAUAUGAUGGAUCCUGGAAAAGCCUAUCUAUUCUGCUGUUCUUUCUUUAUUGCUGUUGCCACGUUUCAGUAGAUGUUAAAAGCUGGGAAUUACGCCAUAUUAGAAGAUAAUGUAAUGCUUCGAAAAUUUGUCUACUAAAUAAAUGUUUGUACAUAGAUUGGUACAAAUUUGUUCUGACGUCUUAAAUGAAGGACAAAAACAUUUGUGAGAAGUUAAAAUGUCAGUUUAAAAGUUAAUUUUUUUAAAUAUUCUUUUAAUUCUUGUUUAAAUACUUUGCAGGAAUAUGAAAAAAUAUUUUUAUAAUCAAACAGACUUAAAAAUUAGGAGAACAUUUUUUAGGAAUUUUAUUUUUUAAGUAAAAAUAUGUAAAUAAAUUACAAUUGCAAUUUUUGUUAGGUCUCUAAAACAUAACAAAAAUCACUAAUUACCAUAAAUGACAUUUUAUAUUAUAAAAUUUUAUGUGGUUUCUUUAUUAGCAUCUUUUUAAAAAAAUGUAUAUAUCUUCAAGUACAAAAAUAAAAGAUUCUUAUAUGUAAAUAUAUAUGAGGGUUUGUACGAGCGUCAGUAUGAAAGUAAUGCCUCCUAACAUUUUUUUUUCAAAUCUGGCGUCAUAGAAAAUUUUGCGUUUCAAUGAGUUGUUAUUUGAAGUCUCUAGUUGAAUUAUGUUGAGUAGUAUUAUAAUCAUGCUACAAUUGGGUGCUUUCCAGCAAGGACACAUUGUGUUACACUGUGCUACACCGUGUAAAAUACUUGUUGAAAUGUAGUUUAGUUUUGUAGUGUAACACCAGAGUGCAUUAUAGUUUUCCAUUCUGAUUUUUAAGUCCGGUAUUCAUAGUCUUCAAGAUCGUCUUAAGUAAUGUCUUAAGACGCUAAUACGGUUCUGUGAUUGGUUCAUGACAUCAUAAGAUUGAACUUAAGACGGUCUUAAAUAACUAUGAAUACCGGCCUUAAGAGUAUUUAGCGUAUAUCUAUAAUAGAUUUAUAAUUUUAAAUAAUUAUAAAAUUAUAAAGCCCUGUGCACAAUAGAACACAUAUUAUAUAGGAAUAAGAAUAUAUAUUAAAUAUUAGGAUAUAUAAUAAAUAUAGAAAUAUUCCUGUAAUAAAUAUUAAAUAUUAAGGUGAUGCUGGAGUCGCCUGUAUAUAUAAUCGAUAAAAUUACCAUUUUCUAUGUUAUUGACCUAUAUCUGUCCCCGAGCAGAAAUUCGAUCAGGGGUGUAAUAACGCCCUUAGCAGGUUAUCUUUAAUGCAAAUCAGGUCCCGGAUAGAAAAUCCUGGUAGAGGCCAUAUCAGAAAUGUAACGCUAUUUUCCGUUAGAAACCUGACAGGGCUGCAAAGUCAAGGUUCUUAUCAGGAUGUUUUUCAGACCCCUAAAAGGAAUAAUUGCAUUAUACAUGCCUGAUAUGGCCUAGGCAGAGCCGUGAAGUUAGGUUCUUAUCAGGCUGUUUUUUAGGCCCCUAAAGAGAAUUGCAUUAUACAUACAUGCUUGAUGUGACCUAGGUCAGGCUGUACCUUAUCAAAACCUAAUUUUACAUU